AUGCCUCCCACCGGCCUCCCAAAUGGCGCCCUUCCCUCCCCUUCCCUCCUCGCGCCAUCCUCUACUCCAGACAUUUCCGAAUCCGCAACCCUAACCGCCAUUCGAGCCUCUCUCUCCGCCCUCCAAACCCGCGACGCAGCCAUAACAUCGCGUCUCCAAACCCUCAUCUCCUCACAAGCCGACCUCUCGCGCGAACUCGGACGACUCGAUCUCCUCCGCGCGCAUCUUGGUACACAGGUUAUCCAUACGAGGGAUAUCAGCAAUGGCAUGCUUGAUUCGGCGGCCACUACGGCUGCACACCUCAGUUCCAAGGUGAAGGCGCUGGAUCUCGAGAAGAAGAGGGUAGAGGAGACGCUGGGCGUGGUUGAGCAGGUCGCGGAGCUGAAAGCAUGUGUGCAAGGUGUUGUGGGCUCUAUGGGCGCGACGCAGGACUGGGAAGCCGCAGCGGGGUAUAUAGCACGAGCGAGCAAAGUACCCGAACACAUCAUCGACGGGCGGUUCGCAGCGACGAUUGUCCCAUCCGUGGAAGUGCCUGAUCCGCCGGGCGUGACGAUCGAGAAUGCGAAGGAGAGUCUGUGUAUGUUGUUCCUGCGGGAAUUCGAGAAGGCGGCCGCGGAAGGGGAUGGGGCGCGUAUCACACGGUUUUUUAAGCUGUUUCCGCUUAUUGGGAGGGAGGAUACGGGGUUGGAUGUUUAUGGGAAGUAUGUUUGUCAGGGGGUUGCGGGACGGGCGAGGGGGAAUUUGAAGGAGGGGACCAAGGGGGUGGGUGCGCAGGAUGGGUUUUUUUAUGCGAAUGCUUUGACGAGGCUGUUCGAGCAUAUUGCGCAGAUUGUGGAGAACCAUGGACAGCUGGUGGAGAGGCAUUAUGGGGUCGGGAAGAUGGUUAAGGUUAUUGAACGACUGCAGGUUGAGGCGGAUGUUCAGGGUGGGAUUAUAUUGGAUACGUGGGGUGAUGAGAGGAGUGUUGAUAGGAGAUUGACGGAUGUUAAGAGUUAUCCGUUCUCGUUUCUUGUGAACAGUUUUAUUCCUGCGAGGACGAAUUCUCCUGCGGUGGGAGGUGGCGCUAAUGGUCGAACGAGCGAGGAUGAAGGGGUAGAUAUGAAGGAAGUCGAUGCGCUGUUGAAUGAGGCGGCGAUGAUGUUAGGUCGCUGGUCACUCUACUCGCGAUUCUUGGCUGGAAAAUGCAGAGUAAGUCCUCCGACUGGAGUCUUACAGCAGGCCAUCUCUAAGCUAUCCCAGGAUCCAGAAGCCGACGCGGAAGAACCUUUGGUCAUGCCGGACUUACUGCACAAGUCAGCGCUGAUUCGAAAAAUAUCGAACCGACUUAUAGAUCCAUUCAAUCAGUUGACUGGAUUUUUCUUCCGACGUUCUGUGGAAAAGGCCUUUCAGCUGGACGAGGCGCCAACUGGAUUAUCCCUCAACAUGUCGAGAACAUUAGAUGGGAAUCCUCCUUUUAUUAUCUCGCCAGUAGACGAUGUGAUGUACAUUGUCAACACUGUACUUCAGAGAUCACUCUCGACCUCUCAAAGAGAUGUUGUUGGAUCAGUUGUAUCAACCAUAAGAGUUAUACUGGGAACAGAUUUCAUAGGGAUGAUCCAACGCAAAAUGCGUGACGAAUCAUACCCAAAAGCUGCCAUUCAAGGCGCCUUUCCUCCAGAAGAUAAGAUCAUAUCCUUCAUCGUCCUAAUAAACUCCCUCGACGUCUCCAACGACUACAUAGGUCGAAUCGUCGCAUCACGACUCCAACCACCCGACGGUGGCAUCCCCUCAACCGGCAUCCACGAGCAAUUCCCCUUCGACCACGAUUCCGUCUUCGUAAUCAACACCCUCAAAAUGCUCCAAACAUCAUUCGAAUCCAAAUCCUCGGAACUAAUGUUCGACGGCAUCAAAGUCCUCCUCGACCGCGUCAUCCGUCCUCGUCUCCGCCCCGUCAUGAGCGACACCUUCCACGACGUCGACUACUCCCUCACCCAAGAAGACCUCGACGACCUAGCCCGUGAAAACGACUCUGAAGACGACCCCGACGCCCUCGCCGACCAGGUAACCCGCCGCUUCGAACACGCCUGGGACGCCCUCAUGAAACCCAUCCAGCGCAUCAUGACGCCCAAACCGUUCGCGCUCCUCCUCGAGGAAACGGCGAAAUAUCUCGCGCGCGUCCUGGAGAAACGCAUCGUCAGUAGUUUUGCGGGGAAGACGAAUGCGCUGGGCGCGAGUCGGAUGGAGAGGGAUUUCAGCGGGAUUGUGGGCGUGGUGGCGAGGGGUGGACGGUAUGGGGUCCGCGAUCUGUUUCAGCGGGUUAGUCAGAUUUGUAUGUUGGUUAAUAUGGAGGAGGAUGAGUGGGUGGAGGUUGAUGGGGAUGCGGGGGCGGAGAUGGAGAUGGUUUGGGUGCUGAGCAGGGAGGAGAGGAGGAGGGUUAGGGGAUUUGUGAGAUGA